GAAAAAACACCAACAAAAGCCAGAGUAUUUCUUGCCUUUUUCUUUUUCUCUCUCACACAGAUUUGUGUUGACGCUCCAGUUUUCUGUGGAAAUGGCAGAAGAGAAGCAUCAGCCCGAAACGGACGUAAACGAAGGAGAAGAUGAUGAAGUGGAGGACGAUGAAGUUUUUUAUGAGAGAAUCGAAGCCCCAAAGUUCGUCGACUUCUCCACUCCCGACCACUACCGCCCCGAUGAUCGUUACUGGUUCUGCCUCCGUGUUGGCUGCGACCAAAAACAUGAAGAGGAAAUGGACUCUGAGAAAAUCUACAAGGAUUUUGUUCUCCGAGUAAUGGCUGCUAGAAGCCCCAAUGUAAGACUUCAGAAAGCACUAAGCAGACAUGCUGCAGGCAAGAACAUAAAGUGCCCACUUACAGUGCCAGCAAAAUUUUCCAAGUCUAGACUCUCAAAGUUAGCUGAUGUUUCAAGCAUUUCUCGUAAAUUGAUUGAAGACAAAGAGAAGAAAAGUCAUUCAUCAAAGCCAACUUCCACUCCAAAAAUCAGAGGAAGGCAAGUUGCUGCCAAGUAUCUAACAACCCCAAGGAACAAAAAAUGCCAUCCAAAUCCAAAUUCCUUUCGUAGUGUGCAAAAUCCAAAGCCUGCAGCCCUUGUUGUUCCAAAGAAUAGGACCAUAGCAAAGUCUUUAGUCUUCCAAUCCCCAAAGAAAGCCAUCAGUUUAAAGAAAUCAGUGGAACUGCGAACUCCCUUAACCAAAUUAUGUCAAGGAAUCAAGAAGCUAGACAUAACAGAUCAAAAGAAGCGUCUACUAGAUUACUCCGCAAAAUCAAAGGAUACAAAACCUAAUCGCAGAGAUCCUUUGAGGAACAGAAAUUCUCAGAAGGAAAAAAGCAAGACCCCCAAGAAUAGCGGAAAGUCUCAAACUAGAGCACCAAGGGAAGCCAGACCUGUACACUCAACUAACAUUCAGAGCCAAGCUAAACUGGAAACGCCAUGUCACUCCAAGAACAUGGCAGAAAAUGAAUGCAGCAAGGCAGAGAUUGAUUUAACACUGACAGACAGUAACAAAGACAACCAUAAAGAUUCUACACAGACAGAAGUUAAUGUCUGCUUAACUUUACAAUCAAACAAAAAUCUGGAUUUGGCAUCAUCAGAUGCCAUGAUGGAUGUAUUGAACAGCAAUGCUGAUCAGACAGUUUUGGUUGGAAAUGAUCUUCCACAAAGUCAACUACCAAGUGGAGAGGAUCAUAAUAGUACUGUGGGAAAUGGUGCUGAAUUGACUUCAGAAGGGGCAGGACAUCACCAUAGCGAAGGCGUUGAUAGUGAUGACAAAGAGAAUGUUUCCGUCCCCGAUGAGAACAGAAGUCUCACCAACAAUAUAAACCAGGCUGGACUAAAGGUUCUUGGUGUGCAGAAGAUGCAAAAAGUCAUCAAGAAGAAUGCUCAACCACCGGCCAAGAAUCUUAAAGAGGGUUUACUUUCCACAAAUGCUGGUGCUUCAGGGAUGAAGCCCAAGAAGCCAAAGCCUACAAAUCCUAAACCUUUCAGGCUAAGAACUGAUGAAAGGGGAAUUCUUAGGGAAGCUGACCUACAGAGGAAAAAACAGGGCAAUGGAGAAGAUCCUGACAAUGAAAACAGAUGCACGGAAGAUAAUCCCGAAGGCAAUGAGAGAGAUUCAAAGGGCUUGCGAAAUGAUUUAUCUAAGGGGAGUGGGAAAGUGAGAUUGAGGAAAUCCAGUAUAACGCCAGAGAGAUCUCAUGCUACACAAGUAAAAACAGCCAAUUUAAGAAGUGCUAAAUCUCCCAUGGCACCAUGUUUGAGACAAGGUCAGCAACUCACUGUAAUACAAGAAGCAUCAGCUGAGAUUUCAAAACAAAAUAAAGUGGGGAAGCUUCAUGAAAACAGUGCUGCAGCCAUGCCCCGAGCUAAGGCUUUGACGCCUUCCAGAAUGUUAUCUCGUGGAAGAAGGCCUCUGACAAUCCCAAAGGAGCCACACUUCCAUAGCACUCACCGGCCCAAAAGUUGCACAAGAGACCUAGUGGAACAAGUGCUGCCCUUGUAAAAGGAUUCAAUUAAUUUGUGAGUUGUGUGUGUGUGUACUUCAAAUGAUUCAUUUGAGUAAAAUGUUUAAGUUUCGACUUAUGUAUGCACAAACGUUACAGAAGAAUCUUAACAUAACAAGCACCCUUGUAAUAUUCAAAGUUAAGUCAAUCAAUUCUUGAGUUGUGUAUGUACGUAAUUCAUAAAUGAUUUUUCGUAGUUACAAU